AUGUACUGCCCGGUCCAUAAGGUCGGCUCCACGUUCUUCCGUCGCGUGUUCUACGCCAUGAGGGAGAACAGACGCUUGUCGAACCCGUACACCAUACCAAUCAAAAAGGCGCUCGCUUCCAAGCGGAUUGUUCUAAAACAACUUUUACCAUUAGAUGCACCAGACACAGCAGCUUUUUUAAACAGUUCGACGUCCAUCAUCUUCGUCCGAGAACCGUUCGCAAGGAUUCUCUCUGGAUAUGUCGACAAGCUCUUCGCACCAAAUCCAUAUUUCUGGUCCCAGAUCGGGAAGCACAUUAUUUCUAAAUUUAGGCGUGACGCCAAACCAUUGGAGAAAUCAUGCGGCCAUGAUGUGACGUUCUCUGAAUUUAUCGAUUAUUUGAUAGACGCAGAGCUUGCUUAUGAUUCGCACCCUGACGUGCACUUCACACCGACGUACGACCAGUGCAAGCCGUGCCAGCUGAACUACAGCGUCAUAGGAAAGAUGGAGACCUUCCAGCCUGAUCUUGCGUACACAUUGCACCAGCUCGGGUACAACGUCAGUAAAGUAGAGCUAGCACAGUGGGCGCGGGACGCGACCCAUGAUGCCAUCCAAGACUCGACCGUCAGUCCGUUCGAGUGGAAGUUAAAGAUAAAGAAAUGCAUGUCUUGGCACGAAGGGUUAAAAAGAAUGUGGAGAAAGAAUCAAAUCCGGGGAAUAAUUUCAAUGGAGGAAAGAUUUCCCUGGUCACCGGAUUACAGUGAAAAGUUCGUGUCGGUUCGUAUGUUCAUGGAGCGAGUUAAAAAACUGAACGCGGCAGCGGAUCAGCUGAAACUGAAGAAACAAAAAUUAUCGGUUUUAACGGAGGCAUUCAGCACUAUCAGAGUUGAAAGGUUAUUGAAGCUAGUGGAGGCUUUUAAACCAGAUUUUCAGCUUUUCCAAUAUGACAUGCAUCCACAUUUUAUAUUUGAC